AUGGCAAAGGAAGAUCAGGAACUGCCGCUGCAGCCACUCAGACCUCCCCUCUUAACCCGACUGAAAUGGCACUUCAGAGAUGGGCUUGAUUACUUCAACGAGUCGAACUUCCCGCGUGUCAUGUACCAUCUGUUAUCCAUUGUCUACUUCUGCUUCAUCCUGUACCUCACGUACUACGUCCUGCCCUUGCCUGGCCAUUGGACCCCUGGCCAGCAGUCCGACAAAGUUCCCGUGGUCUCUCAAGAUCUGAACAAGCAAGUCUCCACCAAAUACUGUCAUUACCAUUGGUACUCGGUGGAAGAGAUCUGCAUGAUCCUGGAACGCUUUGACGCCAUCGUCUUUGUGGGUGACAGCAGCAUCCAGGCCAUCUACAACGGACUCAGCAUCCUCUUGCGACAAGACUUGACUCACGGAGCCCUUAGGACCUGGGACAUGGACAAAGAGAGGCUCCGCCAAUGUAGUUGUGACAACCAGUUCACCUCUCAAGCCUGCUCCGAGCACUUCAUCACAUCUAGCAACGACCUCACAAGCCACCAUCUAGGCCGCGCCGAUCAACCCUAUCUCUGCAGCCGAACGGCCCAUUCCUUCCUCGAGACCAGCACCUCACCAGCACCGUCAUUUGUGAUUGAAAAGUUCAAACAACUAGUCCCUCGCGUGGCACGAUCAAACUAUCACCCAAUCGCCAUCGUCCACGGGCUCUCUCCGAACAUUGCGACCCCGGAGACCGCCAUCGCGUCGCUCGAAGAAUUCUUGGCCCUGGCAGACGCGUCGCACAGAAAGACGCCUAUGCUCUGGAUCGGCCCCACUGCGUCCGGCCACACUGAGAUCCGCGGUCGCAAGGGAAACCAGGAGAUAUGGGACUUUGAUCGGCGCCUCGCGCUCGUGGCCGAGGACAACGACGUAGAAGUUUUGAGAAUGUGGAACAUGACGGUACAGACAACCAGUUGGGACGGAAUGAGGUUUGGAGAAAAGAUCGCUGUCACCCAGGCCAUGAUGGUGCUGAACUGGUUGGGGAGAUUGCCUUCUAGCUGA